UUUUGUGACCAAAAGUAAGUUCGUUGCCCAAGUCUUUUGUUUUGGCAGCUUUUGAUGAGGCGAUUUGCGGUCGGAAAACUAUAUGAAGAGCACAAAUUUUCACAAAUUAACUGUCCAAUCGGCCUUUGCGAUCUAAGUAGUUUUCUUUUAAAAGUCAAGCUCAGAUGGAAAAACUAAAACAGUCGUCUUCAGAAAAUCGCGAAAUGUUGAACGUCGUCGUGUGGUUUUCACUUUCGUUAAUGGGUCUUACCCUAGCUCAAGGAUCACGUUCCUAUUUACCGCCAUCGAAUCCGACCAUGGAACCGAUUAUAACCAAGCAGUUCUAUAGUAUUUCCCCCGCCGAAGAUCCCGAGGAUUUCGAGCCAAAGACAAGGCAUUUGGUCAUUGGACAACCGCGCAGGAAUUACCGUGUGAUAUUUAUCCGAGCUCCUGGCGGAAAUAGUGAGCGUGUAAAAUAUACGGCUGAGCUGGCACCUCAGGAAGAGCGUACAGUGAUCUAUGUGUUGACCCGAAAGCAACAGGAACUGGAGGCCACGGAUAUUGUGGCGCCUCAGGAGAAAACCCAGGCCGAACAGAAGCCAGAUGUGUUCUUCAUUAAAUACAAAACUAACGACGAGGCUGCUGCCGCUCAAAAGGAAAUCCAAACGCAAUACGACCAACUUGGUGGGAAUACCGAGAUUUCAGCACCCUAUGUGGCACCCAUAAAAUCAGUGAUUGGAUCUCUAAGUAGCCCCCAGUAUCCAGCGGCUCCUUACCAAGAUCCAGGUGCUUCCUAUGGUUAUCACUACGAUAGACCCGCCUCCACAAUCUUGGCGCCAGUGGAACGAUCUCAAUGAAACUCCGUUUAUAUCCGCCACUCGUUGAAUAUUCCACCCUAUUUGCAUAUAAUUGAUGGGCCAUUUCCACAAACGAAUUCAUCAAAGAGAAAAAGCUUGGCAAACGCGUAAAUAAAAAUGGUUUCUUUAAGUUUGUUUUUGUUUUUUUUCUGUGCGUAGUAUAAUUUUUGCUAACUUUUUAUCUGAUUUUCGGUUUUGUAUUUAAAGAUAUUGGCAAAAGUGCUUUGACCCUGUGACAGAGGAGAAUAGAUCGUUAAAGGUUUGCGAAAGGCAUAUCAGUUGUCUAGAAAAGUGUAAAUAAAACACUAUGAAAAGUGGAAAUUCUAGAUAAAUAUUGUAGUGAAAAAUGCGCAAAAUAUUUUAAGCAAGUUAAUAAAUGAUAACCCUUUUAAAAGAUAUGCAUAUAUGUGGACUUUUCAAUAUUCAACUUUACAUUAGUUUCUCAGUUUUAGGGGCUCCAAGCUUUUGUCUCAACUUGAUGGUUUGCAAAAAUCGAAAAACGAACAAUCUGCAUAAAUUUUGCAAGUCGCAACCGAAAAAAGAAACCGCAAAACGGCAAUGCAGUUUUUUUUUAUGAUGUGUCUCCUCUUUGGCUCGGCUAGUUUAUCUUCUUUUGGAUUUAUUUGCAUUUGCAUUUAAUUAAUGGGAUUUUUUAAGCCAUUUUUGGGCAUCAACUGGGCGACCUUUUUUUGAUUGGCAGCAGCAACAAUUUGGCAGCAAUUAAUCAAGCCAAGCCAAGGUCGCAGCGAAAAUUCGAAACUAAAAAGUGCGAUUCUAAGAGUCUUCGUCUCUAACUGAGUCGCCUUUCCACACCACACCUCUUUUUACUUAUUUUUCUUCUGCUCAAAUUUAUCAUUUCAAGGUGGCCAAACUGUAUAAAAUAAAUCAAAGACUAUUGGUUUUUAGCCAAAAAAGCGCAAACAUGAACAAUGGCCCUAAAACGGCCCUGCCCGAAAACGCAUUCAAAUUAUGGCAAUUAUAUUGAAAUUUUUCAUC